AUGAUGUCAACUAUCUACCGUCAUUUUUCUACCGCUAGACCGGCUCUGACUAAAUGCGCAACCAAUGCUGCAGUCAAAUCUACAUCUGCAUUCGCAGAACCCAGCGCUUUGAACACUUUACAAUAUGCAUUAUCUCUAGAAGAACCAAAUCAUUCGUGGACAAAAUCUCAACUGAAAGAGAUCUACCACACUCCACUGCUUGAGCUUACGCAUGCAGCACAAUUGCAGCACAGAAAAUGGCACGAUCCUUCCAAGGUACAGCUGUGCACGUUGAUGAACAUCAAAUCUGGUGGCUGCUCUGAAGAUUGCAAGUACUGUGCGCAAUCCUCGAGGAACGACACUGGACUGAAGGCUGAAAAAAUGGUCAAAGUGGAUGAAGUGAUCAAAGAGGCAGAAGAGGCUAAGAGGAACGGAUCUACUAGAUUCUGCCUGGGUGCUGCAUGGAGAGACAUGAAAGGUCGUAAAUCCGCCAUGAAAAGAAUCCAGGACAUGAUUACACAGGUGAACGAUAUGGGACUAGAAACAUGUGUCACUCUGGGUAUGGUUGACCAAGAUCAGGCAAAGCAAUUGAAAGAGGCAGGUUUGACUGCAUACAACCAUAACAUCGACACUUCGAGGGAGCACUACAGUAAGGUCAUCACCACCAGAACCUACGACGAAAGAUUACAGACCAUCAAGAACGUCCAAGAGUCCGGAAUAAAAGCGUGCACCGGUGGUAUCUUGGGUCUGGGUGAAAGUGAAGAUGAUCACAUUGGCUUUAUUUAUACGCUUUCCAAUAUGACUCCUCACCCAGAGUCCCUACCAAUCAACAGACUGGUUGCUAUCAAGGGGACUCCAAUGGCCGAGGAACUUGCCGACCCAAAGAGCAAGAAAUUGCAAUUCGAUGAAAUUCUGAGAACUAUUGCCACGGCCAGAAUUGUCAUGCCAAAGGCGAUUAUAAGACUAGCUGCGGGUCGUUACACCAUGAAGGAAACAGAGCAGUUUGUCUGCUUCAUGGCCGGUUGCAACAGUAUCUUCACCGGUAAAAAAAUGCUUACGACUAUGUGUAACGGUUGGGACGAAGACAAAGCAAUGCUGGCUAAAUGGGGGUUGCAACCUAUGGAAGCCUUCAAGUACGACAGAUCCUAA